GACAGGUGUGAGCACAGACCGCAGGAGGAGAGACAGAGGGAACACUGACCUGAUUCCUUAGAGUAAACAGAUUAAAUCUAGUGGACAAACGGCACCAUGCUGAAUGAGACAGACCUCCACCUGUCCGAGUACGGCUUCGAGCGGAGGUUUGACGAGAGAGGAGCCAUCCUGUGGAUGCAGGAGAACUGGAGUAUAUCUUUUACGUUCAGUGCUUUGUACGCCGCCCUGGUGUUUGGAGGUCAGCACUUCAUGAAGUCUAGACCCAAAAUGAACCUGAGGGGGCUCCUGGUCCUCUGGUCCCUCAGCCUUGCCAUCUUCAGUAUCAUCGGGGCGGUUCGGACCGGCUCCUACAUGUUCCACAUCCUGAGCAGGAGCGGCUUCAGGUUCUCCAUCUGUGACCAGAGCUUCUACAACGCACCCGUCAGCAAAUUCUGGGCCUACGCCUUCGUGGUGAGCAAGGCUCCAGAGCUCGGCGACACAGCGUUUGUGGUGCUGAGGAAGCAGAAGCUGCUCUUCCUGCACUGGUACCACCACAUCACCGUGCUGCUGUACUCCUGGUACUCCUACAAAGACAUGGUGGCGGGCGGCGGCUGGUUCAUGACCAUGAACUUCUCCGUGCACGCGCUCAUGUACAGCUACUACGCUGCCCGUGCGGCUGGCCUGCGCGUGCCGCGGCCGUUCGCCAUGCUCAUCACCAGCGCUCAGAUCAUGCAGAUGGGGAUGGGGCUCACGGUGAGCUGGCUCGUGUACUCGUGGAUGCAGCACGGCGGCUGCCCCUCCCGUCUGGACAACAUCGUCUGGGCCGCGCUCAUGUACCUGAGCUACCUGCUGCUCUUCUCCAACUUCUUCUACCAGACCUACCUGCGCCACCAAAGCCAAGCUACCACCACAGAGACAGCCAAGACCACUAAGACCACCAAGACUGAGUAGAGACCGUCUGAGGUUGACCCAGCAGGAUUAUGGAUGAUCCGUCAUAGGGACAGAGACUGAAGCUGAUAACUUUUAAAAACCGAUACUUAAAUGAAGUGUUGACCUCCUGCAGAGCUCAAGAUCAAGACAAGCCCCCCCCCCUUAGAAACUCAGAAGAUUCAAAUCCUGCAGACUGAAGCAGGUCUGUGUCCUGGUCUUCAGACUGCAGGACACAGACCUGCUUCAGUCUGCAGACUGGAGCAUGUCUAUGUCCUGGUCUAUAGUCUGCAGACUAAAGCAGGUCUAUGUCCUGGUCUAUAGUCUGCAGACUAAAGCAGGUCUAUGUCCUGGUCUUCGGUCUGCAGACUCAGCAGUCACGUGUAACAAACGUGAGGCUCAGAUAUCAAAGGGUGAAACCUCGGCGUCGCAUUCCAGCAGAGUGAUGAAACCAGGUCCUUCAUCCCCGCCUCAGACUGGGUUAACUGGUCCAACUUCACCACACCUCUCUGCCUGUCUGAGAGCAGCCAAUCAGGAGGCAGCAGUGUGUGCCUCCCAGGUGUAGAAUGUGAGUCACGGACAGGUGUGUUAAGAUGAGACAAUGAAGUCACAGAGCUCUGAAAGCUCUGUGAUGGAGCGGCUCAUCAUGUCUGUCUGUCAUGCCGCUCCACGCCGCCUCCUCUUUCAGAUCUCUCAGAGAACCACUUUAUCUCUGAUCCUCAGAAUCCAAACUCCGUCAGAGUUUCAGAGCGGCCCCUUUUACAGACAUUUGACUUAUUCAGACACGGAAACCAGAAGUGUGUCAGGACCAGCAGAAGAAAAACUGCAAACAUGAAAUAUCUGCUUUUAAUCAGCGAGCGGCUGAUUUCUUCUUCUGUGGUGCAACGUGUGUAGAAACAGAAGGCACAGUUCUCACAUCAGUUUUAUUUCUCUACAGGUGUUUUUAUAUUUUUAACGUGAACAUGUAAAACGAGUGUUUUAGGGAUUCACCAGCCGCGGAGGAACAAAAGAGAACUCUGUAUUCAGUAUUUAUGUGACGUAUGACGGCUGCCAGUCGGUGCCCUGAACAGUCUCCAAACACUGCUGAGGUUUUCACUUUCACUUCAUGUUUAAACUGUAUUCAUAGUCACGUGGUGUCAAUCCCUCAGUGCAUAUUUAUAUUAUCUCCAGUAUGAGUGAACUGAAGGUCUCUUCCUCACAGGGUGGUCUGGCUGCUCCUCCUGGUUAUUAUUUAUUCAUAUUUCAAUGUGUGACAGUGGAAGUCUGAUGAAUACAAAUGUGAGGAUUUUCUGUAUGAACACACUGAACUCAUUUUAUGACUCUGCUGAUGAUGAAUGAAAGACUGUCAGGUUAAAAUAUUUUAUUUAUUGUUUGAAGAGAUGUAAUAAAGACGCUGUUUAUACA